UUAGUUGGUCAUUUAAAAGUUCAGCGUAUUAUCUUAUCGGUAAAAUUUUAAUUCAAUUAAACCAUUAAUUAACAAUUCGUAUUUGAAAAAAUAAAUCUUAAAAUGUUUACUUUGACUGUAUCAAGGGUAAAUUCCCUAUUAACCCUAUGCUGUUUGGUGGGGUUAGGCCUGAGCUUGUACGCUUACACUGUAGAAUUACAGAUAGAAAGGAACGAAAAGUACAGCCCGAUGUGCGACAUUAGCCCUCAAAUGAGCUGCAGCAAAGCAUUCAAAUCGCCGUACGGCAAAGGGUUCGGAAUAUUCGGAAAAUUCUCCACUCUAAAUCAACCAAACAGCUUAUUCGGCCUCAUGUUUUACAGCAUGAUGGCCACUCUGGCUCAAUCGAACAGCAAAUUCCCUGCGUGGUUCAUGCUAAUGGCGAUAUUCCUAUCGAAUCUGCUGUCCCUCUACUUCGCUUACAUCCUGUAUUUCGUCUUGUACGAUUUCUGCGUAGUGUGCGUAGGAACAUACGUGGUUAAUAUAUUAAAUUUGCUGUUGAUACAAGCGAAAUUGAAGCUAUUGUUGGCUCCCCGACAGGAUCCGAUCAAGAAGGCGAAUUAAGUUGUCUUUGAUUAUGUUUCUGUUUGUAUGCUAUAAGUGUAACCGGUGUUAAACGUGUCUGUCUCUCUGUGAAGUCGUAACUGGAUGUGUCGAUGCAUUUGCCAAAUAUUUUGUUAUUUACUUUUGUAGUUGGUUUACUUUCGAAGAGUUUAUACUGUUGAUUUUUAUUUUUUUACGUGUUUGAUUAAAACCGAUGUGAAAACAUGUUGUGAUUUAACACCUUUGCAACCGGCUGAUUGUGAGAUCGAAAAUGAUUUUGCGUCAUAGUCAAGUUAGUAAACAGAGACGAUUUAAUAACCAUUUAGCAUGCUAGAGACCAUGAAAAGUAUAAUGGCAUCUCUUGACUGCGUUACUUAAGAUAGGGUAUUUCUUAAUAGCGACGUUUUCCAAUUAAUUAUCAAUUUAUCAUUUGGUACAAAGUACAAAUAUUUUAUUAUCGUCACAACUUGUUUAAAUUCUUUUUUUCA